AUGAAAGUAAAACUUACGGAGGAAGAUCUCUUUUUCGACUUUAUCGAAGCCGAUUUCGACAAAAAUCUCGAAAUUUUCGAUCCUGAAGUCGAUAUCAUCAAAAUUGCCGAAAAUUUCUCCCUCCAAAGUCGUUUUCAGUGCAAUUUUUGUCACAAAAGCUACGCAACGAAACGAUCUUUCCUGCGGCACAUCGAUUUCCACGAAGGACGAUUCACGUGCGAAAUUUGCGAACAAAAGUGCACUUCGAAGUCAACACUCGAGAUUCACAUCAAUCGAUGUCACAAGUCGACGAUAGCGCAUGAGGAUGACAAGGAAAACGUGACAAAAACGCAUAUUUGGUGCUCAUUAUGUUCCCGUUACGUUCGCAAAAGUUUUCUGCAAUUCCAUCUGAAGCGAAGUCACAUCAACGAAAGUCGCAACGAGAAUCUCAACACACUUUUGUGUCUGCUCGAGGCGACAAAUGCGAAACGCGAAGUGUUUCAGUGCGAAAUUUGUGAUAAAAGUUAUGAAAAUUACUCGUCGUUGAAGACUCACAGGAAUAUUCAUAGCGAUAAAUUUUUGUGCCAAAUUUGUGGAAAGCCAAAUGCGAGUCUGACGGCGCUGCGGAGACACUUUAAAAGUCACAAAGUUGAUUGUGAGCGAGAUAAUUUGGAAAAUGACACGAAUUAUGAGUUCUGUGAUAAGUGUGAGAAGUAUGUGAACAAGUUUCGGAUGCGACAUCAUCAACGUACGCAUUUGUCCCGUCACAUGAACACCCAUUUACAAUUGUGCAAAUUCAAGUGCAUCGAAUGCGGUAAAGCAUACAAACAAAAUUCGUCAUUACAGCAUCACAUCACAAAACAUCGCCACAAUUGUUAA